AAUAACAAGGAAUCGACUCCAUGCCACAGUUCGAAAUGACGUCCACCAAGUGUAGUGACACGCUUCCGCCGAGACUUUCAGCUAAAUAUGAAGGGUCUUUUGCAUACUUUACCAUCAGGGAUCGUCUUCCUGUCAUCCUUACCAAGGUGAUAGACACUCUCUACACCUACCGCAUCAAGGCAGCCCAACAGUAUGGAGAGGAAGGAGCAGCUGACUGUAAGUCCAUCGUCUCAAGCCUGGCCAAGUUCCGUAAUGAGCUGCAGACGGACAAGCCAGUUCUUCCUCUGGAGAGCAAUGAGGGCGCCGACAGCCAGAUAUGGCAACGCUACUUGGAGGAGGAGACUCAGAGGAAUGGGGGGCGUCCUCCAAGCUGGUUCCAAUCCCCCUGGCUUUAUGUGGAAUGCUAUAUGUAUCGUAGGAUCGUAGAAUCUAUUCGACUGAGCAAGCAUCUCAAGAGUUUUGACCCUUUUCGAGAGCUGAAGGACACGGCCUUGGAAACGUCCCAAGAUGCCCUUGUUAUCCUAGCAAAGUAUCUCCAAAGCACCUCGGAGGAGAAUGGAAAGGCGGUCGACCUUUUUACUGAAUUUGUUCAGAUUUCUCUGUGGGGGAACAAGUGUGACUUGUCCAUCUCAGCAGGCAUUGAGAACUCCCAGAAAAUAAGUCCGUUGUCACAACUAAAAGAGUUAAGAGAUAAGAUUCUUGUGGACGACACUGAAAAACUCUGGCAUGUCUUGGAAAAAGCCAGAGAGCGCAAAGCUGAGAAUGGAAAAGUGCGAUUAGACAUUGUGUUGGACAAUGCGGGCUUUGAGCUGUUUACGGACUUGUGCUUGGCUGAGUUUGCAUUGCAUACUAAUGCUGUGGACACCGUUGUCCUGCAUUACAAAGCAAUGCCCUGGUUUGUGUCCGACGUUGGGCGCAAUGACUUCAUGCACACUCUCAACUUCCUGGAGCACCAUGAGAACAAAGUCUUGCAAAAUCUCAGCAAGACGUGGACAGAGAGACUGCAAACUGGAUCCUGGAUCUUGCAGGGGCAUCUGUUUUGGACAACCCCACAUGAUUACAGUGAGAUGCGGUCUGUUAGUCCCGAGCUGUACUCAGAGUUAUCCAACUCUGAUCUUGUCCUGCUAAAGGGAGAUCUGAACUAUAGGAAGCUGGUGGGAGACCGGCAGUGGGAGCACACGGUCCCCUAUGCAGAGACCCUCUGUGGAUUCCAUCCGGCGCCCCACUGUGCCUUGCGGACCAACAAGGCUGAUGUCAUUGUGGGACUAGAGGAAGGCGUCACUGAACAAAUCGAAGCUGUCGACAAGGACUGGAUGAUUGAUGGGAAAUACGCUGUUAUCCAGUUCUGUGGAGUCAUCCAAAACUAAAGAUCAGAAUGAAUGAAUUUUUAAUAGGUGUAUCUUAUACAUGUACGUGCAAGGAGAAUUUCUAAUUUGUCAAGUUCGAUUUGAUUUUUUAUUAAAAGCUGAACUGGUAAUUUUCAAAUGUCCAAGUAAAUUUUCCUGUGUUUCAAUGAUUUUCUCCAAACAAGCAUGCACGUCAACGUAUUGAAUUAUAAUAAACUAUAGGGGUGUUGGCUAACUCAUGUACAUGUAUUCUUGUUCUGUAGUUGUGGGGACAUACAAUUUUUUUCACCUAUUUUGUGGGGACUGAAUAAUUUUUUGUUCUCCAAACAAAAGAAUUUGUCCCCUUAAUCCAGUGAAGACCUACUAUAGAGAUAUAUAUAAAAACUAGAGCACCGACUCAUGUACAAAGAGAUGCCUGCUGGGUGCAUCCAUGUUUGUGCACAAACCUAUGGAAAACUCCAAAUUUUGCCAUUUGCAUAUCUACAUCUGUAUUGUAAAACAAUACGCCAACAAACGUGAUACAAAAAAAGUAACUAUCAGUAAAUGAGCGUUUCAUUUUGCUCUUCAUAAACAACGUGAACACCUUCAGAUAAUUUUGCCGUAACUUUUUUAAUCAGAUUUUAGAGGUACCCGAUGUGUGUUGCAUUUAGAAUACAGAAAUCGAUAUUCAUUCUUUCCGAAUUUGAAUGUUCUACAAGCACGCACAUUGAUUCAAAAUGUCUGCGCCCGGUACGGCGUCAAAUUUUCUGCUUUGUAUGUUGGUUUCAGAUUUGUAUGAGGUGUGCAUCUAAGAAAUGUAUCAAAAACUCAACUCAACCUUUUGUGGGAUUUUUGUGAGUUUUCUUGUGGUAAUGGUGGAGGGCUUCAGGUGGUAGACUGGUACUGUACUGCCAUCAUGUAUAAUGGCUAAUUCUGCUGGUUUUUAUUGGUUUUUUAAAUGUCUCUACUUUCAAUCAUGAAAGCAGACUUAUACUGCUUUCAGUGUAACUAGGCAGUAUGUUGAUGGGCCCUGGCCACAUCAUCCUACUAAAGUAGGUGCAGAAAUUAUCUGUAAAUACUAAAUGGCAUCUGUGUGAUGUGCUGUAGAAAAACCCUCAGUAAAUUCAAAGUCUUAGUUUUCGUUAUCAAGGUUAACUUGGCCGUCAGGCAAACAUUUAGCACCUUUCUGUUUUCCUGUGGCCAAAGAAAAACACAGCUGCAAGGAAGUAUCUUUUGUUCAUAUAAAUGAAAUAAAAACUUGCAGAAUCAAUCCCAGAACA